UCCCUGAGUUGACUUGGUCCAAUUCAGAAUUCAGUGUCCACGAAUAAGAACCCAAAACUAAAGAUAUUUUCCAUUUUCAAAAACUAUCAUCUGUAUGGACGAGUUGUGAAAAGAGGGAAAAUCAAUCGCACAUAGAGUGGGAGCAUAUAGUUAUAACGUAACAGCGAUGUCGGCCACGACACAUAUAUUAAAUAGGAAUUGGCCCUAUUUAAGGACUCAGACACAGGCUCUACUCCACAAUACAUCGCCGGUGAUCACAUUUAUAUGCCUGGUGACCUUUUGUGGUUAUUUAUUGUCCUUCAGCGAAACGGCAGUAUUAUUUCUAACAGUAACUCCAGGGUAUAUUCUUCCCAACGCAGAAUUUUGGAUAUGGACGGCAUUUACAUUUUGCUUCAUCGAAUUGCAUUGGUGGGAAGUGCUUGUGGAUGUAGUGACAGUGGGCCUUUGUGGUAAAAUGAUUGAACCUUUGUGGGGUCAAAUGGAGAUGUUCAAAUUUUUUGCAUUGAGCAACUUUGGAGUGUCCAUAUUGACAACCAUAUACUAUUUAUUCUACUACAUGAUCACCAAGAAUCCUCAAAUAUUAUUUGAUGUGCACAUCCAUGGACUUGCGGGCUAUGUCGCAGGAAUCUGUGUGGCGGUGAGACAAAUAAUGCCAGACCACUUGAUAUUGAAGACACGCUGGGGAAAACUGACAAACCGCAAUGUACCCUUGACUGUGUUGGUGCUGUCAAUUAUAUUUUGGGCUGUAAAAUUAUUAGAUGGUACUUACCCGGCGAUGUUCGCCUCUGGUCUUCUUGUGUCGUGGGUAUAUUUGCGCUUUUAUCAACAUCAUCCCAAUGGUCGUGGAGACAGUUCGGAGAGUUUCACAUUUGCCAGUUUCUUUCCAAAUAUGAUGCAACCAGUGAUACAUCUUCUUGUUAAUCCAAUUUACAGAUGUUUUCUAAAGAUGGGUGUGGUGCGACCUCCGGCACCCCCAAGAGUUGCCUCAGCUGCCAGUUUAACAUCUGUAUCGAUUUCAAUGCCCGGAGUAGAUCCUCACGAUAUCGAAAGGAGGAGACAAAUUGCCCUUAAAGCAUUAAGCGAACGCUUGAAAUCUACGGAAACUACAAAACAUACACAACUACCAAAAUCAUUUCCCACCGUGGCCGGAAGCAGUGGCCACGGCCAUAAUCAGCAUCAGCAACAUAAACAUCACCACGGUCACCAUGGACAUAGUCAUCAGCAUGGUCACCAACAUGGACCACAUGGACAUCAGCAUGGAUCUCAUGGGCAACAUCACCACGGUCAACAUUCGGGCCAUAGUCACGCCAGUGGUGGUCAUGCCGAAAUACAGACUCCUCCAUUUUUGGCCCACUCGGCAUCCGCUUCUCAGCCAAUAACAACGGCACGGUCAGAACCGCGAAUGAUUAGUACAAUGAGCCCGAUUGCCAUUCCAAUGCCCGCGCCGCCUCCUAAAUCGAUACCAGCAGAUAAUUCUGCCAUAGUCCCCAGCGAAUUUGUCGAAAGUCGUGAUAAAGCAUUACUCAUCGAUAUGGAUACCGAGACACAGUAAUAUGUUAAUAUGUUGUAGUAUAGAAAUAGUAGCAUUAUUAUCAGCUAAAUUAAAACUCGACGACGACGAUGCGGCUGCUGCGAACGUGCUUAGCAGUAAAGAUUUGUUUUUAUUUUAUUUUUUUUUAUGAGAAUCCUGUAUAAAAAAUCUAGCAUUAUUUGAAGUAUAGUUGGUACAUUUCCAUACGUUUCUUUACUUAUUUUAAAGGAAUAAGAGUUAUUUACUUCCUUCCCGCUAUGUUAUAUCCUGUUUCUCUUUUGUAUGUAAUUUAUGUAUGUUUAAUAAAAUAUUAAAAUGCAAUAAAUGCUUUAGGAAA